AUGGAGAGCUCCACGGCUACCACGAGGCUCGCCCACUGGGGCCGGAGCAUCUGCCGCCGCCUACGACGCAGACCCCACCUCGGCGACCGGGCUCCGCUCCUGGAGGAGCAGAGGCGGCCGCCCAAGGGGCACAUCGCGGUGUACGUGGGCGGGGGGCGGAGGUACGUGGUUCCGGUGAUCUACUUCAACCACCCCUUGUUCGGGGAGCUGCUGCAGGAGGCGGAGGAGGAGUUCGGGUUCCACCACCCCGGCGGCAUCACCAUCCCCUGCCCCGCCGCAGAGUUCGAGCGCGUCCGAACCCGGGUCGCCGCCGCCGGCGCCCACCUUUGCCGAAAGAGCAGAAGCAGAUUCGUACUGUCCUAA